UCCGUUUGUAUCUUGUGAAGAAAGGAAUGAAAUUUCUUUGUGUUCAAAAUGCACUUUCAUCUCAGUUCUUUCAUCUCGGGAAAACUAUUGGAAAAUAUCCAUUUUAUUUUAUUGCUGGAACGUUAUUUCUUGCGGCAGGAUUAUCAACUGGAUUGUUUAAAAUCAAACCAAAUAGAAAUAUUGACUAUCUAUUUACUGCCAAAAAUGGAAAAGCACAAACUGUUAAAAAUCUGGUGGAAAGUCUUUUUCCCACGAACACUUCUAAUUUCGCAGAUAUUCCAAGGAUGACAAAAUUAGAAAUGGUAACAAUUAUUCAAAUUGUAGCUAAUGACAGGAAAAGUAUCCUAAGAAAGAAAAUAUUAAAAGAAGUAAUAAUUUUAGAUCAAAUCGUUAAAAAUUUUUCUAUCAAUUACAACAAUAAGACAUUUAAUUACUGGAACUUAUGCGGGAAAAAAUAUAAAAAUUGUACGGAAAGUUCGUUUUUUAAACUUUUGCCUCACGCUAACGAAAUAUUAAAUGGAAAAAGUAAAAUAAAAUAUCCAUUAGAUAUAAAUAAUAUAACUUUUAAAUAUGAUGAAUACGUCGUAUCAUUAGGAGGAGUAGAAACAGAUAAUAAAGGAUUUGUUAAAGAUGUGAAAGCUUUAAGAUUUAUGUAUACGAUAGACAUAAGUGAUAAAUAUAAAACUGAAGUUAUUAGUUUAUGGAGGGAUGCACUUAAUGUAAAAUUAAUGUCUGUCCAAUUCGAAAAUAUUUAUUUUUCAUUAUUUGAUCAACAUUAUCUUUCGGAAGAAAUUCAAGCUGUUUCAGAUCGUCUUCUUGUUCGAUUACCUAUUGUGUUAUUUGCUGUUGUUUUAUUUAGUUUUUUAUCCUGCAUUACAAAUAAAUGGUUGACAAGUAAACCGUGGCUCGGACCUUCGGCUUGUGUAUCGGCUGUUUUAGCAAUAGCCAGUGGUUUUGGAUUAAUAUAUAACAUUGGAAUAGACUACGUCGAUUUUAAUAUUGGUUUAUGUUUCAUCAUAUUAGGUACCGAGAUUGAUGAUGCUUUUGUAUUAAUAUCUGCUUGGAGAUGCACUUCGACAAAUGAUAGUGUAGAAAAGAGAUUAGGAAAAGCUUAUUCGGAAGCGGGAGUAUCUAUCACAAUUACCUCUCUUACUAAUUUUAUUUCCUUUUGUAUCGGAAUGACGGCUCCAUUUCCAGCAGUGCAAAUGUUCUGUGGAUACGCUGCCUGCUGUAUUUUCUUCACCUACGUCUAUCAAAUUACAUUUUUUGGACCUUGUAUGGCUUUAAGUGGUUACCGAGAACAAAAGAAACUUCAUCCUUUAACAUUCCGUGCAAUUUCUGAAAAGAUAUCGAAGGAUGAGAACGAAUUAACAGAAAGAGAAAAAUCCGAUCUAGAAGAAGAUUUUUUUAUGUCAUUAUUUAGGGACAUAAUAGGACAUUUAUUAACUUUAUCAACAGCAAAAAUUAUAAUAAUGGUUUUAUUUAUAACCAAUAUUGGUUUUGGAAUUUGGGGAUUUUUAGUAAUUAAAUGCGGAAAUGAUUUUUCAGAUGUUCUCAUUCAAAUUAUCAUUGAUCGUCCAUUAAACUACGAAGAUCCAAAAGUGCAAAAAUCUCUAGAAAAUAUGAUACAACGUUUUGAAUCUCAUCCUCAUAUUGCCGAUUCUUCUUUAAGAAUUUCUUGGUUGAAAUAUUAUAAACUUUUUUCAAAUAUGCCAAUAGGAAAACUUUUAUUAAGAGGAUAUAAUAUGUCUCAUAAACAAGAUUUUAUAGAUGGCUUAAGAAAUGUUUUCUUAAGAUUUCCUCAAGCUAGAGAAUUUCAUGAAGAUAUUGUGUUUAAUGAAAAUUACACAGAAAUUAUGGCAAGUCGACAGAUUAUAUUAAUGACAAAUAUCUUUAAUCAAGAAGUUGAAGUUAGUGUAAUGAAAGAUCUAUACGAGAUUGCUAAUACUUCACCAAUUCCCGUAAAGAUACAUAGUUUAGUUUUUCAUUUGAUGGAACAAGCUCUUCUCAUAAAAAAUACUAUUUAUGAAUUAGCUUUAAUGAGUGCUGCUCUUAUUUGUUUAGUAUUCUUUUUCUUCAUUCCAAAUGUAAUUUGUGCACUUUCUAUAUCUGCUAUUGUCACUUGUAUUAUAUGCGAGACUGUUGGAUUCGCAUCUUUUCUUAAUGUUAAAAUGGAUAUGCUCUUGUUAUGUGUACUUGUUCUUUGUGUAGGAUUUUCAAUUAACUAUCCAACGCACAUAUCUUAUUGUUUUGUAGUUGCUAAACAAAUUAGUGCUGAAGAAAGAAUUAAAAAAUCCAUUUAUCAAAUUGGACUACCAGUUUUACAAGGUAUAUUUACUACUAUUUUAGGAAUUUCUGUAUUGCCUUUCGAACCAUAUUAUUCUUCUAUAUCUUUUUUUAAAGUAAUAUUUAUUCUUUCAAUUCAAACAGUUUUUCAUGCAAUAUUUGUAAUUCCGGUCAUAUUAAGUCUGUUAAAAAGAUGCGAUAAAUCUUUGUCAAAUAAUCCAAAGCCAACUGUUAAUGAUAAUCUAGAAAUCGAACGAUUAAAUGAAAAUAAAGUAUAA